GGACCCUCCUGCGGGGGGAGGCGGCCGCAGCCCCCCCCUCCUCCAUCUCCCCUCCCUCCCGUCCCUCCCUCCGUCCCUCCCGGUGCCCGGGGACCGUGCCCGUUCCUCCCGCUGGGUCCCCGAGCUGCGGCAGCAUCACGCAGAGGCAGCGCUGCUGUCACCGGCGCUCCUGGCUCCCAGGUUUGCCUGGCGCAGGAUCAUCGUCCGGACAGCCCCGCAUCCCGGCGGCAGCACCGAGCCUGGGCGAUGCGGCUCCAAGACUGACCCUGCUGAGAGCCCCUGAGAUACUGAACUCUAUGAGCAGAGACCACUUGACUGCACUCAGCACCUUUCAGGAUCAGGCUCUAGGAAAUGAUCAGAGGAGCGAAAGGAGCAUCACCAUUUUGAAACAAAACCAAGGGUACUGGGCACUAAAUGAGAAUAUGGCCAAUGGCAUUGAAGAUCUUAUCGGGAUCCCAUUCCCGAACCACAGCAGCGAGGUCCUGUGCGGUUUGAACGAGCAGCGGCACGACGGGCUCCUGUGCGAUGUCAUCCUCAUCGUCCAGGACCAGGAGUACCGCACCCACCGCUCCGUCCUGGCUGCCUGCAGCAAGUACUUCAAAAAACUCUUCACUACCGGCACUUUAACAGACCAGCCCUAUGUUUACGAGAUUGACUUUGUCAAGCCUGAAGCACUUUCUGCCAUCCUGGAGUUUGCCUACACCUCAACCCUCACCAUCACCACCUCAAACGUCAAGCACAUCCUCAGUGCUGCCAAGAUGCUGGAGAUCCAGAGCAUCAUCAACGUAUGCCUUGAAAUCAUGGAGCCCAACAGAGAGGCUGAGGAGGAGGAUGACAAAGAGGACGACGAUGACGAUGAAGACGAUGAUGAAGAUGAGGAGGAAGAGGAGGAGGAGGAAGUGGAAGAUUUUGUCAAUCAGGAGAACCUAGCUGAUGUACAAGAAGUAAGCUGCCACCAAAGCCCUUCUGAGUCCGAUCUCACCGAAGAAGCUUAUACAGAAGCGCCUAAAGAUUUUCCAAAUCACUUCCCAGCCAGUAACUCCUCUGGACACUUGGGUGUGAUACGAGACUUCUCCAUAGAGUCCUUGCUGAGUGAGAACUUGUACCCUAAGGCAGACAUCCCAGAAAGGAGGCCAGCUCUGUCUCCUUUCGCCCCCAGCUUCUUCCCCCAUCUGUGGAACGGUGACUUCAACUCCUUCUCCCAGCUUGAGGAGCCACAAGUAGAUAAUGGUCCUUUGGAUCUGGUGAUCAAAAAGAGGAAGAUCAAGGAAGAGGAGGAGAAGGAAGACCUGCCUCCGCCUCCUUUCCCUAAUGACUUCUUCAAGGACAUGUUUGCCAACACCCCAGCAGCUCCCUUAGGGCAUAUUAAGGCAGAGACUGACUACAGCGCUUAUCUCAAUUUCUUAAGUGCUACCCAAUUCGGAGGAGUUUUUCCCCCAUGGCCCCUGGAGGAAGAGAGGAAAAUGAAGCCCAAGGCAUCCCAGCAGUGUCCCAUCUGUAACAAAGUCAUCAUGGGAGCCGGCAAGCUGCCCAGGCACAUGAGGACCCACACUGGGGAGAAGCCCUAUAUGUGCAAUAUCUGUGAAGUUCGCUUUACCAGGCAGGACAAGCUCAAAAUCCACAUGCGGAAGCACACGGGGGAGCGGCCGUACCUGUGCAUCCACUGCAACGCCAAGUUCGUGCACAACUACGACCUGAAGAACCACAUGCGCAUCCACACGGGCAUCCGGCCCUACCAGUGCGAGUUCUGCUACAAGAGCUUCACCCGUUCUGACCACCUGCACCGCCACAUCAAGCGCCAGAGCUGCCGCAUCGUGCGGCCCCGGCGCGGCCGCAAGCCGGCGGCGUGGCGGGCGGCCAGCCUGCUCUUCGCUCCCGGCGCCCAGCCCGUGGAGAACAGCUUCAUGAUGCCCCCCAUGCUGGAGGAGAUGAGCAACCACCUCAGCAGCACGGCCAUGUGCCUUCCUGGCCCCAGCCCUAAACAUUUCCUGAGCGGGGCCAAGGCGCCGUUCAGCCUGCAGGAGCUGGAGAGCCAAAUUGAAGAAACGCAGAUGAAGCUCUUCAGGCGGGCCCAGAUGGACAUGGAGAGGAACGCGGGCAUCUUCGCCUUCGCCCUGGGCCACAAUGAAAACCUCGCUGCCCAACCCUUCUUCCCUCUCUCUCACCCUUGGAGCACAGGCUUCAGUGGCUUGGCAGGGCUUGGCCACGUCGCUCCCAUCUCAGAGGCCAGCAACUAAACCCAAGCCCGGUCCCACCAUGCGUCUGCUCCCGUCCCAGCAAGGCAGCCCGCUCCCCCUGGGGCACCUGCCCUUCUGGGAAUGCCAUCAGCAGCUUCCCAAGGAGCUCUUUGUCCUCUCACUGCCGUGGGGCUUGGGGCACGGGGCCGUCCCUGGGGCGAGCAGGGAUGGGCAGGCGCUGUGCCCUGUGGCCACCGGCACUUUAGACUCUGCACUUGGCUUUGGGGCCCUUGGGCAAUCACUGUCCCCAUCCCACCACUCAUGGCUCCAUCUGGGAAGGCCAGGCCAGGACUGCUGCUCUCUUCAACGCCCCUGAAAAUGUCACUUGCCUUAGUCCAGGGCUCGGCCAUCACCAUGAGAUGGCUUUUCUGUGGGAAGUGUUCCCCAUUUUCCCACACACAGAGCUCACUAGACACUGACAAGCCGUCCAGACUUGGGUUUGUUAAGUUGCAUUCCUUGACCCUUUUGGUCAAAAGGACUUUUCUGUUUUCUUUUUGUUUUUGUUUUCUUUUCUUAUUAAUUAAUUCCCAUGUCUGGCAACAGUAUUUAUUCCACAAGGGAUAAAACGGGGGGUCUAGCAGCCUUGCUGGGAGAGGGAGAGAGGAAUGAUCCUGGCCACUGCCUUUCUCAGCAGUACAUCAGAUUUACAGGGCUGGUGAAAGCCCUGAUCUGCAGCAUGAGUUGGGACCUUAAAAACAAAUUAAAAAAAAAAAAAAAAAAAAAAAAAAAAAAAGGAGAUCGAACACCUAGUGCAAAGCUGGGUGGAAAAGGGGGAUUUUACUUAUUUGGUUCUUUAGCUAUUUCAGAGUUUCAAAAGGAGAACCAAAGCCUAUUUUGAGUAUUUUAACUUCAGUUGCUUGAAAAGGUGAAGGAUAAGUUUUAGAAGAAUCAGUAAUGUUUCGAUACUGAGCUUUUAUUAAACCCUUGCUUUGAAAAAAAUGAACCAGUGGGAAUUUUGAAAUGAAAAAGUCGUUUCAAACCAAAGAGUCAGAAUUUGCUGCCGCUGACCAUUUUGAAAUGUCUGGGGUUCUGUCCCUAAUCCCUCAAAUUACUACGUGAUAGUGAUGAGAAAAAUUUACAACACACUUGUGUCCCCAAAUCUGCAGUGCUGAUGGGAAAAAAAUUGGGAGUGCAAAUAUCCCUGCUGCUUGUCUCAAGGGAUCUUUGUGGAAAAGAAGUUCACUAAAGGUGUCUUGAUUGUGAUGCUGUCUAAUUGCAAGCAAGUAGAAAUGCUGUUUCUCCACUGUAGUUAGUUCAAAAGAGAAGGUGGUGAAGGUCAGCCAAGGUGGCCAAGAGGUUUGGGGUGACCCCCCAGCAUCCCUGCAGACCCCAUCCUGGCCACCCCAUGUGGUGAUUCUUUUGGGGUAGAAAAAAGUGGCUGAUUGGCUGGGGUCACCUCCUUGAGCCCCAAAUCCAUGAGCUAUCUGAAGGAUGAAGGCUUUUGGUGGCCAUCUGCCUCCCAUGGCUCCUCCUGGGUGAGCAGUGGGAGGCAGACAUGGUGGAACCCCAGUUCCACCACUGGCUCAGGUGGGUUGCAGUGGUUGUUUUACACGAAACCAACACCUGGAAAUGUAAAUGUUACAAAUUAGGGCUUUUUAAUUUAUCUUUUUAAUAUGACCUUUCAACAUCAGCAAAAUCAGAGGGAACGCGAGGACCGCGGGUUUGUGAGUUUUUUGGUUUUUCCAUCAGUGGCUGGAUGAGAAUCUGCCCACCAGAGGCAAGGAGGGGGACACGAGGAGUCCACAGCCCCCAGGAGGAUGUGAGGGACUUCUGCUCUGAGACCACCCAUAGCAGAAUGGUCCCAAGGAACUGCCCAACACUCGGCUUCCUUCUCCAAAACGAAAUCUGUAAAGACUCCACGUGCAACAAAAGUCAAUGGAGAGAAAGAAAGAAAGUAAGAAGAAAAAGAAAUCUUCUUAAAACUGCAUCAAACUUUUUCUUUUUAAUCCACAUCAGCUUCUUAAACAAGCGAUGUUUUGCAGAUGAUUGGUUCCUUCAGGUGUUUUUUUGUCUACAAUUUGGAGUCAUUGUAAAAUAUCCAAAGAUGCUGAGUACUGUAUGAUCUGCAAGGACUUGAAGCAAGGUGUUUUUUCUGUCUCGGUUUGUUUGUUAGGUCGGUUGGGUUAUUUUUUUUUUUUUUUCCUAUAUGUCUAAGUGGGGAUAAACCUUUGCAAUUUUUCUAUUUAUAACUAUUUUUAUGUGAUUGCUUUAUGUACAAAACAAUAGAAAAAAAAAAUCAAAAAAGUAGAGAGAGUAACACACACGUACACAAACAAAUUUGCCUUAGUUACUCACGGGACAAUCACCCUUAACUUUGAUUGAUGCUAAAAAAGCAGAUGGAAAAGAAGAGACUAGAUCAUUUUAUGUAUUUAUUAAAUGGUAUUAAUUGAUGCUUUUAAAUUAUUAGCAGGACUUGAUUCUCUUGCCUGUGGCCAUGGUGAGAAGGCAGAGCCGCCGCGGUUACUGAGCUGCCAGCACAGCCAUCCGUGUGGCCUCAGCUCUGUGGAUGUUUGCCUGACACCUUUGGGAAAGCCAGAGUAAUCACUUAUUAAUUAAACACUGAGCUGGUCAGGGCUCCAGCCCGAGGGGCUGCUGGCGUUGCGAUGCUGAUGACAAUUUUGGAGUUAAGGUUGAUUUUCCCGCGUUGGCGCUGGGUUGGGUAGGGCUGGAGGGAGCUGAGUGCUGGCAGUGAUCAUGUUUUGGGGUGUAGAGGGAUGAUUAGAGAAAACCCUGUUUCUUCCCCUUUUGAUGUUGUGUGGUGAGUCCUGGCCACAGGUAUCCACGUGGGAGCCCAGCUGAGUGUGAAGGUGCCUUCCUGGGGAUCUGCUCCCGUUUCCCAAGCAGGACGGGUGCACUGAGCACCAAACCUCGGGCUGGAAGGACACGAGUUCUGUCCCAGCUCAUGGUGUGAUGGCUUCUUGUUCAUCUCACCCUCGUUCCUACGGCCUGGCUGCAGCAGGGGCAGCGUGGGCAGCAGGGCAGGGGGGAUUGUGCCCCUGUGCCCCUGAG